AUGUUGACCUCGUCUUCGACGGGCGAGCCGCUGGCUGGCAACCCCCAUGAACGCACGUAUGCCUCGCCUCCGGGUCGGAAGUACCCCGCAGAGAUACCAUUGCCUGUGUUGACGCGUAGCACGACCGCCGCGUCGUACUCGUCGACCACUGACCUGCUUCCUCACCCCUCGGACUACCGCACAAAGAGGUCGACCUUGAAAGACAGGAUCACGUCCUGGUACGGCGGGCCAAGAAAGUCUCCAGACUCGGAUGCGAACGAUCGGGACGCGACCCCAGCGGCUCCAGUCAAGAAGGUUCGCCUCAAAGCUUGGCAUGGAUGGAGAUAUGUGCUCUUCGGUUCAUGGCUCAAUGUCUUUUUGCUACUCCUCCCUGUGGCGUGGAUAUUGAAACUAGCGACCGAGGGGAAUGACACGCUCAUCUUCUCUGCAUGUAUGGUCUCUAUGAUUCCGUUGGUGAAGCUUCAUGAUAUGACCAUCGGUGUACUGGCACGGCGCAUGGGAGGUUCCAAGACGGGUCUAAUCAACGCUAGUUUCAGCAACAUUAUUGAGCUGGUCGUAGCUAUCACGGCGCUGCGGAAAUGCGAGCUGCACGUCGUCCAGUCUUCCUUGAUUGGCGCAAUCCUCAGCAAGCAACUGCUCAUCCUUGGAAUGUGUUUCCUGGCUGGUGGCCUACGCUUCUACCAACAGGAUUACGACCAGACUGCUACGAUCAUCCACUCUUCGCUCCUGAGUAUCGGUGUCGGUGCAGUCUGCCUCCCGGCUGCAUUCCAUUUUGCUUUGUCGUACAACGCUGCCGAUCUGGAGUCAGCGGGAACAACCCUACAGCAGCAGAAGGCCGACUUGUUGACGAUGAGCCACAGUGUUGCGCUCCUUCUCCUGCUCAUCUACUUCGCGUAUCUUGUCUUCCAACUGUUCUCUCACACGCACCUCUACCAGGACAACACCAAGCCCAGUGAGAAGAUCCCUAGCGUCCCGCUCUCGAUGUCGGUCCGGUCCCUCACGGAACGCGUCCGGGUGAACAGCGGCAACCUUCGCAUGCGACGCUCGAACUCAGGCUCCCAGUCAGGCGGGCGAGGCUCCCCUCUGCCCAAGGGCACUGGAGAGAAAAAAGGAUAUCGUGUAGACGUGAACAGGGAGAAGACCAGUCCCGUGGAGGAGGUCCCCGAGACGUCGUUCGACGUCUCCGACGGCACCGGCGCGCAGUACGCGAACAACCCCGACAGCGCGCGCCAGCGUCGCACGGCGUACCUCGUCUCGCCGUGCGGCGCGACGUCGCAGGUGACCCUCUCCGCAGACGAGUUCGGCCGGUACAGGGAGGACCCGACUGUGCGCCUCGUGCACGACAAGUGGGGCGGGCGUGGGCGCAGUGCGAGCGUGAGCGACGGGUUAAACAGCGAGCGCGGCCGGCGGUACUCCGGCUCGUCGGACAGCAGCAAGCGGAGCUCGUUCGAGAGCGGACGGACGAAGCAUGUCAGUGUCAACGAACUCGUGUCAGCGUACUCGGGCGACCGCAAGGACGUGCACCGUUCGGUGCAGGUCCGGGAUCUCGGCAUGAGCGGGGAUGAACAGCGUGGAGAUGCGCGAAGCCCGUCUGUGUCCCCGUCGAGCUCGGCGGAGAAGGUGGGCGAGGACGAGCUUCCGGAGUUGAGUUGGACGAUGACGUUCGUUGUUCUGAUCACCGUCACUGUCCUCGUCACGAUCAAUGCGGAAUGGCUUGUCGACUCUAUGGACAACCUGUCACCGGCGCUCAGCAAGGAGUGGAUUGGCCUGAUCCUGCUGCCAUCCGUUAGUUCCAUCGCCGAAUGUGUGACGGCUGUCAGUGUAUCUGUCAAGGAUAAAUUGACAUUGAGCAUCAGCGUCGCUGUCGGCUCAUCAAUCCAAACUACGCUGUUCGUCAUCCCAUUCAUGGUGAUCCUGGGUUGGAUCCUGGACAAGCCGCUUCCUCUCCUGUUCGAUCCGUUCCAGACAGUGGUCCUGUACAUUUCUGUCAAUAUCAUGGGUUACGUAGUGGCGGACGGCAAGUCCAACUGGCUGGAGGGCGUCAUUCUAAUCAGCCUUUAUCUUGUCAUCGCGGUCACCUUCUGGUUCUAUCCAGGCUCCAGCUUCUCCACCAAUUUGGCGGUCUGUGUCGAUACGGUAAAAUCCCAAUAA